AACAACCAUUCACUUCAUACACCUUGUCAUUUCUUCCUCCCCUUUCUCUCUCAAUCUCAAAUCCCAACAACUACUCACUCUCCUUCAAUUGAUCAUCAUCAAACCCCAUUUCAAGAAAAUCCCAAAUUUUCUCUCUACUUAUCUUUACACUACUCAUACAUAUACUAUUGAUAAAUAGUCCUUAUUUUAACCUACUUACAAAUACAAGAAACAACAAACAAGGUUGAAAAGGGAGAAAGAUCAUGAGUUAUUCGUAAUCUGUCUUAUUUUUCAGGUUACUAAUUCUAUAUAUCCUUAUUUCUUGAAAAAAAAAAUGGAGUUAUUCCCGGCGCAACCGGACUUAUCCCUACAAAUUAGCCCUCCAAAUAACAAACCCUCAUCAUCAUGGAAGAGAAGUACAAGUAAUAGUACUAAUGAAGAUCAAGAAAUGGAUUUAGGUUUUUGGAAAAGAGCACUGGAAUCAAGAAACUCAUCCAAUAAUAAUAAUAUCAAUAAUUCUUCUUGUUUUGAACUAUCUUUAUCAUCAAUUAUUAAUCCAAAACCUAAUUCUAGCCAAUAUUUCCAUCAUCUCCAAAACACUAACACAAAUUUCAUCCACUCUUUACAUCAAAAUCAAGUACUAAACCCUAUAAGAGGAGUUCCAGUUUAUAAUCAAAACCCUCAUUUUCAAUAUGAUAAUACUAAUACUACAACUACAUUACCUAUACCAUCUUCUGUUAGUUCUUUCAAUUAUAACCAUACAAUCUCUUCAUCAAAUAGCCAUAGCCAUUUUGUGUCCAGUCAUCAUCAUCAUCAAAAUGGGCUAAUUAGAUCAAGAUUUAUGUCAAGAUUUCCAGCUAAAAGGAGUAUGAGAGCUCCAAGAAUGAGGUGGACUAGCACUCUUCAUGCUCGUUUUAUUCAUGCUGUUGAGCUUUUGGGUGGACAUGAAAGAGCAACACCCAAGUCAGUUCUUGAGCUUAUGGAUGUGAAAGAUCUCACCUUGGCACAUGUUAAAUCCCAUUUACAGAUGUAUCGGACGGUAAAGACAACCGAUAAAGCAGCAGCUGGAGCAGCUUCUUCAGGCCAAUCGGAGGUGUUUGAUAAUGGAUCAUCUGGGGAUAAUAAUUCAGAGGAAUUAGUGCUUGACAUUCAAAAUUCAGCAAAGUCUGAAUUAUCAAUUCAACAAGCUGCACGACAAGAGAAAGAUAAUUAUCGUGGUCUUUGGAGUAACUCUUCAAGCAGGGAAAGUUGGCAGUUGCAUGGCAAUAAACAAGGAGAUUAUCCAGGAAACAUAUCUUCUCUAGAGCAGAAAGACAAUAUGGAAGCAAAAUGCUUAAGCUAUGAGGGAAUAUCAACAGAAGUGAGCUCAUCAACAAUAACAGAAGCAAGUCCAAAGAAGCCUAAUUUGGAGUUCACUCUGGGAAUAAUGCCUAAUAUUUCAUAGUACUAAAAAAGAAAGCAAAAGUACUACUCAUUUUGAAAUCAUUAUAUACUUUUUGACUAGAGAAAUAGUAAAAAAAAAAAAAAAAAAGAAAGAGAGAACCAGGUUCCCACUGAGAUAAAAAUAAUAAGAUAGGAAAGAAAAAGAAAAGGCAAAAGUGAGCUAAAGAAAGACAAAGAGACAAAGAAAAGGAGAAGGGAAUAGGAAAAGUACAUGUAAUUAUUCCCAUUAUAAUAUUCUUGUGACCUAUAAAUCAAACAAUAUAUUAAAUUGUUCCUUUCUUUCCCUACAAAAAAGGAAAAACAAAGAAAGUAUAUUUGAAAUCUAAUUGAUUUUAGUAUUGUUAUAGUAGUAAGAGAUUAUAGUUACUAUAGAGAGAGUUGAGAGAGGGUUAAGUAAAUCUCUUUCCCUUGUUACAAUUGUAUGAUCAUUUACAUUUAGCAACAAAUAUAAUAUCUCCAAUUCAUAUUA